CCACAAUCCAGUUGAGGUAAUGAAAUAUUUAUCAGGUAAAACAAAACAAUAGUUUGACUCAGAGGCUUCCAUUUACAUUUUACGUUCAUCUCUGUUUCCUAUAAAAAGAGCGACACGGUUUGUUUUUCAAGUAAUUUGCAAGGUUUUAUCGACGAACAUGAACGGGAAAUUCUUCUUCUGUUUUCUUCUGAAUCUUUUCGUGGCAGGGGUGAUUUCCCACAAGUUUACUAUACCUUCCUAUAUAAAACCAUGUUCGAUUAGUGCCCCAAAUUUUGAGAAAUGCUGUCUGGAACAUGGAAAAGAGGCCCUACCACGUAUUCUAAAAGGUGACCGGAAAUUUGGUAUACCUAAUAUGAUACCACUAUUAAUUCCACAGAUCAAUGUUAAUGCUGGACAGGGACUCAGAAUAUUUUUGAAAGAUGUACAAGUCCAUGGACUGGAUACAACGGAACUAAUAAAAGUCAAAAUUGAUACCAAAGCCCAAAAACUUUCCAUCAGAAUUAAAAUCCCAGAGUUAAAACUUUUAGGAAAAUAUGACAUCGAAGGAAAAAUUCUGGUACUGAGAAUUGAAGGAAAUGGAGAUUUUAACAUUGUAGCAUUUAAUGGUGAAUAUGAAUACAAUGCAAACUUUCUUCUACAUAACAUUGGCGGAGAAGACUUUUUUGACUUGGCAGAUAAAGACACUUUAGACUUCGUUGUAAAAGACUUAAAAGUUCACUUGGAUAACCUCUUUAACGGGGAUAAAGCAUUGGGUGACCAAAUGAAUAAAUUUCUUAACGAAAAUUGGGAAGCUGUGAUAAAAGAAUUCGGACCUGCCAUUAGCGAGACAGUUCGUUCUAUUGGUCGUUCCAUAGCGUCUGCGAUCUUCAAGAGGAUUCCAUACCACCAGUUGAUAUUAGACUAAUUGCUGUUUGUAGAGGUGUAGUUUUAUUAAAUAAUUAGAUAAGCAAUAAAAAAUA